AUGAGCACAUCAACUUGCCGGUUCUACGAAAACAAAUAUCCUGAGGUGGAUGAUGUUGUCAUGGUGAAUGUACAACAGAUCGCCGAGAUGGGUGCCUAUGUGAAACUAUUGGAGUAUGACAAUAUUGAAGGAAUGGUGUUACUCUCUGAGUUAUCCAGAAGACGUAUCAGAUCUAUCCAGAAGCUUAUCAGAGUGGGUAAGAAUGAAGUAGUGGUGGUACUGAGAGUUGAUAAGGAAAAAGGAUACAUUGACCUGUCCAAGAGACGAGUCUCGUCGGAGGAUAUAGCAAAAUGUGAGGAGAGAUACACAAAGUCCAAGUCUGUCCAUUCUAUCUUGAGGCAUUGUGCUGAAAAGUUUAACAUGCCUCUGGAGGAGCUGUACCGUACUAUAGGAUGGCCAUUAAGCAAGGAAUUUGGCCACGCCUACGAUGCCUUCAAGAUAUCAAUCACUGACAGCACUGUUUUUGACAAGGUCCAACCCCCAUCACAAGAGGUCUUAGAAGAACUGAAAGUUUACAUCUCCCGGAGGCUAACGCCGCAGGCCAUUAAAUGUCGUGCUGACGUUGAGGUCUCAUGCUUCAGCUAUGAGGGAAUUGAAGCCAUCAAGAGUUCACUAAAAGCUGCUGAGGAUAUCUCCACCGAGGCUAAUCAAGUCAAGGUCAAGCUAGUAGCCGCUCCAUUGUACGUCAUUACAACCCAAUCCUUAGACAAGACGCAAGGCAUUGAAAUCUUAGAACGUGCAAUCAAAAUCAUCGAAGACUCCAUCACCAAACAGGGCGGAUCCUGUAACGUCACCAUGGCACCCAAAGCUGUUACAGCUACUGAAGAUGCCGAGUUGCAAGCUCUCAUGGAAAGAAAGGAGAACGAAGACAAGGUUUCUGACGAAGAUUCGGAUUUAGAUGAGGAGGAUUAG